UAAAUAAAAGUCCACUCAAACUCUCUCUGGGUGAAUUUGCUCCCUCUUAAAUAACAGAAAUACAUUUAUAGAGCAAGAGGGGUAACUCUGCUGACAAGGAUUCUUAGGACUAGUGACAUAAAACUAAUAAGUGUUGCAAAUGUUUAGUAAAUAAACUGUGAAUUUGAAAACAAAAUCAAACGUUUUUGUAUGUAUUAGCUUUUUUAUGCGAGGUUUCUGCUCUAUGUAUCCUCCACUAUGCAGAGAACUACAUUACAUUGAGUGAGUGAACGUAUGAGUGAUUUUGUCGAGUGUGUCAUGUUGUUGUUGUUGCUAUUUUAUAUAGAACAUUUCGACCGAAAUAAACCCCCUUGAUAUUUUAUUGUCUGGCAGUUGGAAUAGACAAGUUGUUAAAGAAAGCUGUCAAAAAUUUAGCUAAACAUUUAUAAUUACAAUAAAAUCUAAAUAAAAACAUACAAUUCUAAUAGAAAAUAAACAUAAAUAAAUAAAAAAACUUAUAUAAAUUAUUAAUAAUUAAUUUAAUAACUAGAAAAUUUUAUAAUAAUUACAAAACUAACAACUAAAUGCCAAAAGAAAAAUCCUUUAAUAAAUCCUUAUAAAAAAAGAAGAAAACCAGUGUUGUGUGGCUAAAAAUCGAUAAAUAACAAGGAAAAUCUUUAAUAGAAAUCACAACACUAGAAACUUAAAUAAUGGCUGCUAAUAAUAAAUGUAUUAAUUAUAUUAAUAAAACGGAAAAGGAUUUAACAAUUAAUGUAAUAAAUAACAAAGAAAACAAACAACAGAAAUCACAAGGCGCCUUUAAGGCGUCCAUAACUUUAGAUGAACGUCUAUCAAAGGAUGUUAAUGGUGUGUUCCCCAAAAGAAGGCAAGACGUUCUCAAGUGGUAUGGUUGGGGUUAUAAGGAUUCCGAAUUUUAUGUUAAAAAUAAUAUCAUACAUUUUCGUGGCGAUAGAUAUCCCCUGGAAGGUGCUGCCUUACCCUAUUUCACCGAUUGGGUUUUAAGUACUUUCAACAUCACCGUUUAUGACAAUAUACCCAAACCUAUGCUACCCCAAGAAUAUCCAAGACCCACCGUUAAUACAGAUUUUCUGCAAGAACUACAUGAAACCGAAAUUUCCUAUAGUCAAGAGGGUAUAGAUCGUUUUGUAAGAUGUCAUGGUCAGACGUUACACGACAUUUACUAUUUAAGUCAUAAUAAAUUUCAAAGAAUACCCGAUGUAGUGACCUGGCCCAAUAAUCACUCGGAAGUAGAGAAAUUAGUUGCCCUGGCUCAUAAGCAUAAUGUGGUAGUGUUACCCUAUGGUGGUGGUACCUCGGUAUCGGGAGCUACUACUUGUCCUCAACAGGAGCAACGUAUGAUUUGUAUAUUGGAUACCUCGCAAAUGAAUCGUAUGUUGUGGUUGAAUAGAAAAAAUCUAACAGUAUGUUUUGAGGCUGGUAUAGCGGGUCAGGAUUUGGAAAAUAUAUUGCGUAAAGAAGGCCUUACAGUGGGCCAUGAGCCGGACAGUUAUGAAUUCUCCACUUUAGGUGGUUGGGUGGCCACACGAGCUUCGGGCAUGAAGAAAAAUGUUUAUGGCAACAUAGAAGAUCUAGUGGUAAGAGUGAAAUUGGUGACACCUGCUGGAGUGUUGGAUCGAGAAUGUACGGCUCCUCGUAUUUCUUGUGGUCCAGAUUUUAAUCAUGUCAUUAUGGGUUCCGAGGGUACAUUGGGUGUUAUCACUGAGGUGGUUUUAAAAGUAAGACCCUUACCGCCCGUUAAACGCUACAACUCUUUGGUAUUCCCCGAUUUCGAAAGUGGUGUGGGCUUUAUGCGUGAAGUGGCCGAACGUCGUUGUCAACCCGCCUCGGUACGUUUAAUGGAUAACAAUCAAUUUAUUAUGGGUCAAAGUUUGAAACCAGUAAAAGGUUGGCGUGAGGACUUAAAGGAUGCAUUCAAAAAGAAAUAUCUUACGAUGGUAAAAUGUUUGGAUCUGACCAAAAUUUGUGCCGCCACAUUACUAUUCGAGGGAGAAGCCGACGAUGUAGAUAGGCAAGAGUCCUUGAUUAUCAAUAUUGCGAAAAAGCAUAAAGGAUUUUCCGGUGGUGGUCAAAAUGGUGAAAGAGGUUAUAUAAUGACUUUUGUUAUAGCUUAUAUGAGGGAUUUGGCUUUGCUGUACGAUAUAGUAGCUGAAUCAUUUGAGACUUCAGUGCCCUGGGAUCGUUGCUACAGUUUAUGUGAAAAUGUUAAAAAGCGCAUAGAAUUGGAAUGUCAUGCCAAAAGCAUUCACCACUUCUCCAUUUCCUGCCGCGUCACCCAAACCUAUGAUGCCGGUGCCUGUGUUUAUUUCUAUUUUGCAUUUAACUAUAAGGGUUUCUCCAAUCCUGUCGAACUAUUCGAACACAUAGAAAAUGGUGCCAGAGACGAGAUAUUGGCCUGUGGUGGUUCACUCUCACAUCAUCAUGGUGUGGGUAAAAUACGUUCACAAUGGUAUACGAAAACUAUAACACAAACGGGAGCAAAUCUCUAUAAAGCCACUAAACAACAAUUGGAUCCUAAAAAUAUAUUUGCUACUGGGAAUCUGCUGCCCUUGGAAGAACAGCCUCAAGGGGUAAAGAGUAUAGAAGAGAAUUUGGGGAAAACUAACACGACUAUUAAGGCAAAACUUUAAAUUUUAGGGGAUCUAAUAUUCCGGGAUCUUGAAAUUAAUUUAAAAAUGUGUUAUUAUUUGAUAUUUAUAGUUUAAAAAUUUUCAUUUUAGAAAAAAGUUACUUAAGUAAAAAUGCAAAAUUGGCAUCUCUGCUUUAUGUCAAAAGUUUAAAGUGAUGCCAAUGCAUUUCAAAAUUACUACUUUUAUUUAUUUACAUAUGUUUCCAAUUUUUAAAGAAUUUGUACUUUUUUGCAUUUUAGGUAAUUUAAAUGGCUUUUUGAAAUUUAAUUUAGUUGUAAAUUUAUUUUAAAAUAAUUUUCUUAAUAAUUUAUUUAUUUUUCUUUGUUAAUUUUGUGUUUGUUUUAUAAACUGGGGUUUUGUUUGUUAUACAAAGUUGUAUUAUUUUAAAUUUUUAAUAAAAAAUAAAGAAAUUUUUACC